CUCAAAUCAUUCUAAAGCGUAGUCAACCCAAAUUCUAGAAGGAUUAUCAUAUACAAAUAUCCCCAAUCGAUUUUCCUGAAACCCUAGGAAGUUGCUUAUCGUUUUCGGAGCGAGCAAUGGAUCCUCAGCAAGAGCCCGUGAGUUACAUCUGUGGAGAUUGCGCGAUGGAGAACACUCUGAAGACAGGUGACGUGAUACAAUGCCGAGAGUGUGGUUAUCGUAUUCUGUACAAGAAGCGAACUCGCAGAAUUGUUCAAUAUGAGGCACGCUAGGAGAUGAGGGACAGCCGGGUGAUUUGCACAAGAAUUCGAGUAAUGAAAGCAUGUUUGCAAUUGCGACCUGCAAUGGCGAUUGUCUGUAAACAGUUUUUUUUGUGCCAUAAAUGUCCCAUCAUAUAGCAACUAGAUGUCAAGGCAUCAGUGGACUAAAGACAUCAUUUUAGUAACUCAGAAUAUUGGUAUUUCUGUUGCCAACAUGGUACGAUGGUGGUUACUUCAGUCUUUCACUAGCUGUUAAGAGAUGUCAAUCGUUCUCUUUUUAA